AUAAAUAAACAACUAUUGCUGGCCUAGUCACAGAACAUGCACACAUUUAAUCUAACUUUGCAAGUUGGCCCAAGCAAACAUCUUAUCAGACGCCUUAUCAGUUGUGGCUAAGUGGUUUGCAACUUUGGUCUUUCAUUGGCAACGCAGGAGUGAAGAAUUAUUUCAGUGUUUUUGUUUUAUUGAGAAACGGAUAAGCGGCAAUUGCGUGGCUAAAACUAUUCUAAAUAGCUCAACGCGAUUAAAUGUGAAAACAGUUGAAGUCAAUCGCUGACCGUUAACGCAUCACACCACAGCAAAGGAGAAAACAAAAACAAACAUGGUUGCAUUUCGAGGUGCCAAGAAUCAAGAGGAUGUCGAGGUGACAAACAUUUACGAUGACAAGAGGAUUUUUCCCGACUUUCGCAGUGGACCUUUGGACGAGUACCGCGAUAAGGCGACGUUCUGUUACAAACGCUUGAAUGUGCUGCUCGAGGGCGAAGAGCACAUACGACUUAAGCACAAAGUUUGGCAAUGGAUGGAAAAACAUCCAGAUUUCCAGCGUGAACCGGAAGCAGCAAGCCUAGAACGCACCAGAGAAUUGGCCAACAAGCGUCAUCAUUUGCUGUGGGAACAAAAGUUCUUUGAAAUCGAACAGUUUCUGACAGCGCCUCAUUUACUCUUGGCUUUUAGCCAGGCCAUCUUCAGCUAUGACUUUAGUUUCUCCGUCAAGUUCUCGCUGUCCAAUGGCAUGUUUCCCAGCACAUUGGUCUCCAAUGGCACCGAGCGUCUGGGCAAGUAUGUGGCCAAAAUAGCCGAUAAUCGCAUACUGGGUGCAUUUGCCCUCACCGAAAUAUCUCACGGCACCAAUGCAAAUGGUAUGCGCACAACUGCCACGUAUGACAACAAGACGCAGGAGUUCAUCAUUCACACACCCGACUUUGAGGCCGCCAAGUGCUGGGUUGGCAAUCUGGGCAAGACUUGCACCCAUGCCAUUGUCUAUGCCCAGCUGUAUGUGCCCGAUGACAAGCAUCAGGGCUUGAACGCAUUCCUGGUCCCCAUUCGCGAUGAACGUACUCUGAUCGCCUUCCCUGGCGUCACUGUGGGCGAUUUGGGCGAGAAGAUUGGUCUUAAUGGCAUUGAUAAUGGCUUUGUCAUGUUCAAUAAGUAUCGCAUUCCAAGGGCCAAUCUGCUCUCGAAGACCGGCGACAUCGAUCCCCAGGGCAACUACAACUCCCCCAUUAAGGACGAGCGCAAACGACUUGGCGCCUCACUCGGUGCUCUGUCCGCGGGACGUGUUAACAUCACUGCCAUCACCUAUGUGGCAUUGAGCAAGGCUAUCACCAUUGCCACUCGUUAUUCGGCUAGUCGACGUCAGUUUGGUCCCAACGACAGCAAGCUGGAGUGGCCAGUGCUGGAGUAUCAGUCGCAACAGUAUCGUCUGCUGCCACACUUGACCACCGCAUUGGCACUGCGUGUGGUAACAAUGUGGAUUGGCAAUGCCAACAUGAACAUGACCAUUAAGAAUAUGACCGGUGAGGAUACAUCGAAGUUGGGCAUGGAAAUUCAUGCCAUUUCAUCGGCCCUCAAGCCAUACACCACAUGGGCGGCACGUGAUGGCAUCCAGGAGUGUCGUGAAGCUUGCGGCGGACAUGGUUAUCUGAAGGCGACGGGUCUGGGUGACUUGAGGAACGACAACGAUGCCAAUUGCACUUAUGAGGGCGAGAAUAAUACGCUCAUUCAGCAGGCUUCCAAUUGGCUUGUGAAUUUGCGUCGCAACAAUGCCAACUUUGUGGAUGCCUCGCCCCUCGAGACUGUCUCGUUCCUUGGCGCUAUGAAUGUUGUGUUGCAGACACAAGCUCAGGAGCGGAAUGUUGCUGAAGCUCUGGAUGUGCAUAAUUUGUUGAAAGCUUUGAAUUGGCUCACCGCCUGGCAACUGGAUGCAACUGUGAAGCGUUUCGAGCAGUUGCAAUUUGCCGGCAAGGAUGCCUUCGAGACACGCAACAAUCUGCAGGUCUUUGCCGCACAAAAGUUAUCAAUCAUCUAUGCUGAGCGCACCACUUACUAUGUCUUCUACAAAUUUGUGACCGCAUUGCCGGCUUCAGCUGAGCAGCAGGUUCUGCUGAAGGUGCUGUCCUUCUACGGCGCCAACUUGAUUACGAAAUACUCAUCGUUGUUCUAUCAGGGCGGCUAUUUCCGUAAUAGCUCCCACAUUGAACUCUAUCAGGCGGGCAUUCUGGAGCAGCUGCCGGUGCUCAAGAAUGAAGCGAUUGGCCUCAUCGAUGCCAUUGCACCGACCGAUUUUAUUCUUAACUCUCCCCUGGGCAUGAGCGAUGGAAAUGUCUAUCAGCAUUUGCAGCGCACCAUUGUGUCCACUCCUGGUGUCUAUGAGCGUCCCUAUUGGUGGCGUGAUGUCACCUAUAAGAAUUAUCUGCAACGCGCCAAGUUGUAAGAUGAUAAAGAGCACAAAAGGCACAGCACAAGAAACAAAAGUCUUAUAUCUCUUAUUAGUCAAUUAAGUUUUAUUAGCCGAGUGCCUUUUAAAUAUCCACACUUACAUAUGAUCUUUCAUUUUUGACGUGUACUUUAAACAGCUUCGUAUUAAUGCGUGAUAUACAUUGUGAGCAAUAUUUGCGUUGAUCAUAGAUCACAAACAUAUUUCCAGCUUUGCUAAGUAAAUUAAUAAAACUCUUGUUGUAUUUACAAAAACUUCAA